GCAUCUGACAAAAUGGAAAGAGCUGGAACGUUGACCGUGAUUGUGUCCGCGCUAGCGGCCCUCAUGAGUGGUGUGGAGGGCACAGCACGAACGUGUUACUUCGGUCCCCCACCGAAACCAGACCCUAAUAACCCUGGCCACUGGAUGCAACAAGUCAUGCGAGAGAUACGAGAGCGUUGCCCGGGAAACAGGGAUCGUAUCCCAGCCGCGGAAGGACGUACAGAGCCAGGACCCGCAGCAGUCGAGAGUUCAACUCCGGUGGAGGAUGUAACCAUCCCAAACAGACCUACGGAGCCAGGAUCCACAGCGGUCGAGGGUUCAACCCCAAAGAAGGACGGGAUGACUCUAGCAGAUCUACAGACCCGGGGCCCACGACACUUGGGGGGCCGCGACCGAAUGGAGGACUGGAUCCCCGACACACAAAUUUCAUCUUCCAGUAGUGACAAUUUUGUUGAUUGUUGAUAAAAUUGCGAAGUGAGGAGGGUGGAGACGCACUAUGGCAGGAAAAAAAGUCGAUUUUUGUAAUACAAAGUAUUUACUUGGUUUCAUUUCAGACGUUCAUUGGUAACACUGACGCCAACACCCCGGUCACUAACCUGUUCGAUGAGAGUGUCCACGGCUAUGGCAGUGCGCACCGAGCCUAUUGAAUGGGAGACUGACGUUUCCCUGCGUCUGGAAUUGCUUGGAAGUUGCCCGUAGUCAAUGCAGUUGCACC